AUGAACGCAACAGAGCACGAGAAGGACCCAGAGCAACCGGCAGUGGCGCCUCAGGAAAACUGUUUGAUGCGUCACGUCAGUGCCAUGCUAAACAUGCCACCGCCAGUACCAGUAAUAGUUAUCACGGACGACCAACCAGACGAAGAAAAGCAGUUAUCCCCACCACCACAACAACAACCGCCACCAUCGUCACCACCAUCGUCACCAGCAUCCCCACCACACAGUAGUUAUGUGACAAAACAGAGAACGCCGCCAUCCAAGCUCUUUCACAGAUUGGAUCGAAUGCAAAGAGCACUGUAUCAACGCACAGUGCCGGUUCUGUGUUUGGGGGUAGUGCUGCUGAUGGCGCUGUUGGUUGUUGGCUUACUGUCUGCCAAGGACCAAGGCAACGCUCUAUGGGGAUUCUUGGUGGCUUGUCUCAUUGCUUCGGUUGGCUGGAUAGCUGUGCUCGUGGCAAUGCUGGUGUUUAUUGUCCAAACCAAAAGCAAUCACAUACUCCGGAUUGUACUGCUACUGCUGGACCCGGAGACGCGCGAAUUUGAAGUCCUGCGACUCGAGUUUUUCUAUUCCGAUUAUUCCAAGGCGUUGGUGGCAAAUGCUCUGUCUCCAAUGUCUACCCAUGCAACCAACAAAAUGUUGAGCACCAAGGCAUACACCGGUGUUUGCAACGCAAGGGGCGCCAAGGAAUGGAAGAAAUCAGCCCAUUUGGUAGACUUUUGCCAAGGCUGCGAUGUGCUCAUUGCUAUACCAGAAGGAACUUCUGCAGAAGAGAUUGCGCAACUGGCCAAACCCAUUCUCAGAGAUGAAAAUGUUGUCAGAGUUCUCUGUUCUGGUGUCAACAAGGCCGAUCCUUGGGCUUUGGGGAUGAGGCUUCUUUACUUUAUUUCUUCCGUGUGUUUGGGGAUUCUGUUACCAGUGUUCUGGGUCGUUGUGGCACACAGUAUCAGCCAAGAUGAUACAAAAGUAUGGUUCGUGGAGGCUCCCCUGGUUCUAUUCAUUAGUUGGUACGUGGCAUUCCUGGUGGCAGAGGCAUCCGUCAUACUUCAAGUCCUCCACCACCGAAAACAGAAACGUCGAGUCAUUCAAAACUAUGUCUUCAAAAUGGUUCUGGUGAUUGCCGUUUAUUUGGCUCUGGCAGCAAUCAUUGUACAGUUUGCAUAG